AAUUACCAUAUACCCCUUUUUUGCGGGAUGGAGGAUACCUAGAGCAGUGCGUAUAGUAGCGGGCGACCGUGAAGGGAAAUGGCGAAGGGAGGGAAGGUAUGGCCAUUGGGUAUCUAAUGACACACGACUUGAUGACCUCGCAAAUCAUCGUCUCCGCACUCUGAUGUCCAGGCUGUGAUGUGGUUUGGCCGAGUAUUGCAGGGCCCCUUGUGCCACUCUCUUGCGCACGGAGAAACAUGUCUUUGUAUCACGUUCAAACUCCUACAUUGUAAACCGCCUUCUAUAGACAACCGCCACGUCUACCGACGAGAUACAUGCGCCCUGCUUGCUUCCACGCUAAAGCGACUCGAUCAUCAUGACUCGCGAUUCUCCCACCGCAACAACCGCUCAACGUACCCGCUUACCCCGUUAUUCUUCACUGCUAGAACCACGAACAUCCCUCUUGGAAUACGAAUGAUCUUGAUUGACAGAAUCCGGGACUUUUCUGCGUACCACAAGCCACACAUCGUGUGCGCUAAUGACCAUUUCAUGGCUGAUCAGCUACAACACAGGCAGCACGGGCUUGGUCACAGGAUCUGAUACAUUCUGAUGCGAAAAAGCUUUGAUGCUCAGUUGAAUUUGGUAGGAAUAUCGCAUGAAGAUGCGUGGAUAUCUGAUAGGAGAGACCGUGAGAUGUAUAAAAUUUGCCGCCGACAAGGCGCAGAUGGUGG